AUGGCCAGGGCAACUCUUUCACUAUUCCGACUCUUUGCUCCUCUAGCAAAGUCGAUCUGGAAGCACGACUCGGGUGAUGGUAGGGAGUGGAACUGGCAUUUGUACGAAUACGGACGGAGGCUGUCGGCGGUUUUGGGUGGGUUCUUCUGGCGGACGGACGGAUGGGAAGGGACUGGGUUUUGGGAUUCAUUUUCUGCCAUUGGUCAGUUUUGCGGAACGGUUUUCCCCUCCAACUUUCUUUCUUUUCUUUCCCCUGACUUCUUUCACGCUCUUGACAGUGGGUCGUUACAUCUCACGAAUCAGUCCAAGUCGCAGAGCAACGACAAGUUGUCACGUGGAAAGACGACUAGAUCUGAAAGGGAACCGGAGGAGAGCUACCCCUGUGGAAAACUUGGACGAUUCACAUUGUCUGAUGUCGUUCCGUCUUGCAAAUCUGCCUUGAUCGAUUCUCGAUGGGUGGUUAUUGGCAAAUAUCUCGCCGAAAAGCAGAAUGGCGCAAUCCACUACACCACCUCUCGAGUUGUACCAUCACCACUUACAACAACUCUAGAGGACUUUCACUUGACGCUCACCUAUCUGUAA